AUGCGUCCACCACAGCUCGCCGUAACUCCCAUAAGGCGCGCACACACUCCUUUCAUACUGUACCGCCGGAGGCAAUUCCACUCCUCACAAUGUCUGAAGAACUCUGCUCGACCCGCCGCCUCGGAAGUCCAGCGCGCAAGGGCAUAUUGCGCCAACCUCGUCCGGACCUAUGAUGCUCCCUCGCACAUCCUCCAGACCUUCAUUCCGCUCUCCGCCCGCGAUGCUUACCUCGCCAUCCGCGCUUUCAACGUCGACGUCGCCCGCGUAGCAGACACCACAAGCACCCCUACCAUCGGUAUGAUGCGCAUGCAGUUCUGGCGGGAUACAGUGACCAAGGCACUAGCCGGCGCGCCUCCCAAAGAGCCCGUAGCCCUUCUGCUGGCGAAAGCUGCAAAGGAUCUACAAGAGCGCUCAGGCGGGAAAGCCAGGCUCAGCAAGAACUGGUUCCAUCGCAUCAUCAGCACUCGGGAACAGUACCUGGGGAACCCUCCGUAUCCGACGCUUUCAUCGCUAGAGAGCUAUGCGGAGAAUACGUAUUCGACGAUGCUGUAUUUGACGCUUUCGGCGCUCCCGCAAGCUUCCAUAACUACGGAUCAUAUCGCGUCGCAUAUUGGCAAGGCAAUGGGCAUCGCUGCUGUUCUGCGAGGCAUCCCGCUCGUUGCAUUCCCUCCACAGCAGCUGGUGAGCACAAGUGGUAGUGUCACUGGAUCCUCAGGCCCCGCCCACGGCGCUGUUCUGUUGCCGCUUGACGUUAUGGCUGAAGCAGGUGUCAAGGAGGAAGACGUAUUUCGACAAGGCGCCGCGGCGUCCGGGCUGCGUGACGCUGUAUUCGUAGUAGCUACGCGAGCAAACGACCAUCUCAUCACCGCCCGGGAAAUGCUCUCCAAGCUGCGCUCCGAAGGAACAUUAGGUCACGAUUUCGAGCACCAAAAUGAAGAGGAGCAUCGCUACAGCGCCCAGCAGCUUAACGCGGGAGCCGAUGUCCAGCUUGCGGAAGUCGAGAAGGCGUUCGGCGUCUUUAUGCCGAGCAUUUCCACGCAGUUGUGGCUGGAUCGCUUGCAAAAGGCAGACUUCGACAUCUUUGAUAAUUCCUUGCGCACUGCGGACUGGAAACUACCGUGGAAAGCUUAUUGGGCGUUUAGCCGACGCGCAUUAUGA